AAAUUGACAAGACAAACAUUCAUUAAAUUGACCUUCAUCAACUACAAAUUAAUCAGUAUCAAGAAUAACGAAUUUAACACCACAACAACAAAAACAAAAGUAAACGCACAUAUCCUCAUCAUCACUUCUUGUUUUCUAGUACUUUGUUUCAUCCUUUAUUUUAGAUCGUGUGGUCAAUUUUAUUUCCCUUUUCUUAAUUUUCCAGAAAAGUUUUGUUCUGUCUCAACCGUGUCAAACUCUACGUGAAUCAAUUCAGAUUCUGCUUCUUGAUCGUUUCCAACCAUACAAAUCUCCCUCAUUCUUUCUCUCACUCUCUUUUCGAUUGGGUUAAACCAAAUUUUCGUUUCAUCUUUGUGUUCUGUUUCCCCUGUUUUUUUCUCUGUGUUGAAUUCAAUUGAACCGAUGUUUUGGUUCCUCCAAAAUCAAAAUUUUGGAGGAAUUUGAGAAUUGGGUUGUGAUUUUACGCCAAUUAGAUCAAAUGGGUUUCUUUCAAGUUUAUAGAUUUUCCUGAAUUUAGGGUUGAAUUUUUCUUUUUUUUUUUUGGAGGAGGAGUGUUGUUGUUGAUGGAUACUGUGUCUAAGAAGGAUGGUGUUAAUGGGUGUGUGAACAAGCCUGUGGCUUCUUUGGAUUGUAAAAAGGUUGUUGAAGAUCAUGUAAAUGGAAAAAAUGAUAGUGAUUCGAAUUCUUUGUUGACACUCCCUAAAAGAGGAGGAAUGUCGCGGAAAUUGAAUAAGAGUAAGACAAGUAAGAGAGUGCAGUGGAAUGAUAUGAUUGGAAACAAGCUUGUUGAAGUGAUGGAAUAUGAACCAAGUGAUGAUAGUGACUCGGAGGAUGACGAUUCUUGUAUCUGCUCAGUAAUGUAGAGAUGAUCCUGAUAACCUGUCUCAAACUUCAAACUGAACAGAUCGAGGGGAAACAUUAUUAAGGUUGCUGCUAGAGCCUGAAUUUGACGCGCUAAUAUAAUGAUUUGUACCUAUUCUCCAAUAACCAAGACAAGUAUCUCCUUGUGAUUGCCAUUGUUUGGAUCUAGUUCUUCUGACCAGGUUUUGACAAUUUCUGAGGUUGACUCCUUGCCGGUUCUCUAUGAAGAUCAAACUAAACACAUGGCAUCCAUCAAUUUUGACUAGGAAGGUGCUGAUAGGAGCACGGCUACCAUGUAUGAAAAACUAAAUGAGCAUUUUCAUGCUUCUCUACGUAUUUGACAUUCAAUUGCUGUUCAUGUUGUAAAUGGAAGAGGUGGUACCUCGGUCUUUUAUCGGUUUAUUUUCCUAGUUACUCAAUAUGCAGAAUGAAUUUUCAUGACAAGCACUUGUACUCGGGUAAUUCUGCUGUUCUUUGGUUCUGUCUGUUCCAUUGCUGGAGUUUGUACUUUUCAAAUAUCAACCUAUUUUUUCUU